AUGAAGUUCAGGUGCAGAAUGAUGGAUGUAAUUGCAAUGCGAGACUUCACUAGUGAGUUUAAAUUUUAGAAACUGUUUCUAACCUUUUCUCGCACUUGUUACUGUGUGUAACUGAAUAUCGACAAGUAUUGCUACAAUUACAUUAUUUAUUGGGAAUAGUUUAGUGAUAUCAAUACAAAUUUUUAUAUUGAAUCUAAGGAAGACGAUUGACGUCAGUAACAGCGACAUUAAAAUAAAAAAUUUUAUUUCAGACAUAGUUAACGUUAUUUCUCGAAUAACGAAACAGUGUACCUUGCGGUUAACGUCGGACGAAUUGUGCUUCAGCGUCAGCUACGACCGAGCAUCGAUGAUUUGGGCCGAACUAACUCAGACUCAUUUUUUCACGGAAUAUGUUAUGAACGGUGUCUCUGAAGAACAGAACGAAAUUUAUUUGGAAUUCGAUCCUACCAUGCUCGCCAAAUCUCUAGGAUCAUUACGAAUGACUGCAAAGAGCGUUAAAAUCAAAUUAACAAACAAACGUCAACCGUGUCUCACGAUAGAAAUUGAGUUACCUUCGUUAAGUUUGGAAUCAAGGCAAUGUUUGCACGAUGUGCCUGUUAGAGUCAUACCGCGACGCGAAUGGACCGAGCACCAAGCGCCAAAUAUUCCUGAAUUUGAUAUUUCGGUUGAUAUGCCUCAACUUAAACACGUGAAACAUAUCGUGGAAAGGAUGAAAAACAUGAGUCCACGAUUAACGUUGGAUGCCAGCAAAACUGGCGUGUUUGCAUUAAAAGUCGACACGGAUAGCGCCACGGUGUCCACACAUUUUCAAGAACUGCAAGUUUGGAGUAGUAGUCAACGACACCAGGAAGACAAAGUAUCAGCUACUAUAGACAUUAAAAAGUUCUUCAUGUUCCUAGCUUGGGACAUAGUGCAUCCUGAUGGCGUGAAAUGUAAUAUAAUUCAAGACAGGGUGGUUAACUUGUUUCUACAUGUAGCAGAUUAUGUUAAAAUACAGUAUUUCCUACCCUCCGUGUUUACCUAA